GGAGGGAGGGGGAUGGGCCCGGCGAAACAAGAAAGGGAGCGGGCGCUUUUGAAGCCGGCCGCGAGCAGCUGCUUCCCCGCGGCCGGGUAGACGAGAGCUCAGAACCGGCGGUGAGGCCAUGAGCCGUAGCGGUGGCGAAGCGCUAGGAAAGCUCCUGAAAGCGCAGGCCUUCCGCUUGCCCGGCCGCCACGGUUACGCAGUAGAAUUUUCGCCAUACCUGCCGGGGCGUUUGGCCUGCGCUACCUCGCAGUACUACGGGAUUGCAGGUUGUGGAACUCUAGUAGUGUUGGAACAAAAUGAAGCUGGACUUCAUCUUUUCAGGAGUUUUGACUGGAAUGAUGGUCUAUUUGAUGUGACGUGGAGUGAAAACAAUGAACAUGUGCUGGUCACGUCUAGUGGAGAUGGAUCUUUACAAAUCUGGGAUACAGAAAAACCUGCAGGUCCUUUGCAGGUCUAUAAAGAACACACUCAAGAGGUCUAUAGUGUUGACUGGAGUCAAACCAGAGGAGAUCAGUUAAUAGUAUCUGGAUCAUGGGAUCAAACAGCAAAAUUGUGGGAUCCUGAAGUGGGACGACCACUGUGCACAUUCAGAGGCCACGAAGGUGUCAUUUAUAGCACCAUAUGGUCUCCACAUGUCCCUGGCUGCUUUGCCUCUACCUCAGGUGACCAAACUCUACGGAUUUGGGAUGCAAAAUCACCAGGACUCCCAGUGAUAAUUCCUGCUCACCAAGCUGAGGUUUUAAGUUGUGAUUGGUGCAAAUAUGAUCAGAACUUGCUUGUAACAGGUGCUGUUGACUGCACUUUGAAAGGCUGGGACCUGAGAAAUACCCGCCAACCUAUGUUCAGUCUGCUCGGACAUACAUAUGCAAUAAGAAGAGUGAAAUUUUCACCAUUUCAUCCCACUAUAUUGGUUUCUUGUUCCUACGAUUUCACUGUGAGAUUUUGGGAUUUCUCCAAGCCUGACCCUCUGCUUGAAACUGUGGAGCAUCAUACGGAGUUUACUUGUGGCCUAGAUUUAAGUUUGCAUGAUUCAGGUCAGGUGGCUGACUGUGCUUGGGAUGAAACUGUGAAGAUCUAUUAUCCAUCUUCAUUGGUAGUUCCUGCAUAGAAAGAUUUCUCAAUUGCAAAGAACUGAUUUAUAAGAAAUUAUUUUUGUUUUUCUUGGGCAUCUGCCAUAUUAUGCCUUACUAACAAUAUUAGACUUUAAUAUGAGCUUCAAAAUUUUAAACAUGUGAUUAAGGACCGAUUCAUAUAACAUCUUUCUUAGAACGUGGACUGGAUAGCAAAAUGAUCACUCACUGUGUGCAGAAUAUACAAUUAUGUAAAUUAUCAACAGGCAACCUAGAAACUUCCAAAUGUUUUGAUCCAAAGCGUUUAACAGUUCCAAAUAGCACGAUUAUUGUCAAGAGUUAGUGGAAAUUGUACUCCAAGACAUCUGGAUGGCACUAUAAUACUAUUCCUCUUGUAAAUAUUAGGUACAGUUUAGGAACUGUGUCUUAUAUUUAUAAGAGUUAAAAAUACAAAUUUUAUUGCAGUUUUAAGUAUUCUUACUGUUAAAAUAUAGCAUUUAUCAUAAAAGAAUGUAUCAGUAUUAAACUGAGUUCAUUAUGGAGUUUCUGUGCAAUAAUGUAUUAUAAUAUGGCACAUAGUUCACUCAGUUGAUAGUUGUACAGUCUGAGUUUUAUCUU